GGAAAACGGAAGUUGUCAUAAUCUAGUACCACCAUCGAUGGAGCGCAUCAACUUGACAGCCUUUUACUCUCCGCGAGUGUAUGGAAAUAGACGUGUGAAAUGAAGUUGAACGUUUCUUUUCCCGCUACCGGGGCCCAAAAGACCUUCGAGGUCGUGGAUGACCACAAGCUGCGUCAUUUCUAUGACAAACGUAUGGGAGCCGAAAUCACCGCUGACCAUCUAGGUGACGAAUGGGCCGGCUAUGUGUUCAAGAUUGCCGGUGGAAACGACAAGCAGGGUUUCCCGAUGAAGCAGGGUGUGCUGACCAACACCCGUGUUCGUCUGCUCCUGAAAAAGGGUCACUCUUGCUACCGGCCACGCCGCACUGGAGAGCGCAAGCGUAAAUCCGUCCGCGGAUGCAUCGUGGACCAGAACCUUUCGGCGCUGGCGCUGAUCGUCGUCCGCAAGGGAGAGAAGGACAUUCCCGGACUGACCGAUACAGUCGUUCCCCGUCGUCUGGGACCCAAGCGUGCCAGCAACAUCCGCAAGCUGUACAACUUGUCCAAGGAGGACGAUGUCCGUCAGUUUGUUGUCAAGCGCCCAUUGGCGGAGAAGGAUGGCAAGAAGCCGAAGCACAAGGCCCCCAAGAUCCAGCGUCUGAUCACCCCGGUCGUUUUGCAGCGCAAGAGACAUCGUUUGGCCAUCAAGAAGCGCCGUGUCGAGAGCCGUAAGGAAGCUGAGUCGGAAUACCUGAAGAUCUUGCAUCUGCGCCGUCGUCAGGAACGCAUCCGCCGCCGAUCCCGUCUGUCAUCGAUGCGCGAUUCGCGCAGCUCGAUUGGUUCGGAGAAGGAGAAGGACAAGGCCUCGAUCAUCGCGGCUAAGAAGGUUGCCAAGAAGGAAGCCAAGAAGGAGGUAAAAAAAGCCACCGAAGCCGCCAAGAAGGCUGAUACCAAGCCCAAGGUCGAAAGCAAGAAGCCAGCUGACAAGAAGGCCGAUGCCAAGAAGGCUGAUGCCAAGAAGACCGACGCCAAGAAGGCUGAAGUGAAGAAAUCUGCCAAGGCUGAAACCAAGAAGCCUGCGGAGAAGAAGGUAGAGAAGAAGUCUACCGCGGCGGCUGCUGGCAAGAAGGAAGCCCCCAAGCGGAAACCAGAAACCGCUAAGGGUGAUGCGAGCGCACCUAAAAAGGAAAAGAAGACGGCCAAGAAGAAGUAGAUAAACCUACUUCGAAGGGACGCUUUUUUGUAAUUUAAUCUUAAUGGUAAACGCAAAAAUACAGAGUUAAGAAAAGAUAACGUUGAUUCCGCCUGUUUAUUCCAGAAUCAUGUGGGUUUGGCGUAGGAUUUAACUGAUAAAUGCAGUGACUGGAUGAUUACCUGAA